CACAGAGGGGAGAGAAGUCAUUCAGAGAGAAAGUGGAUGGAGCUGACAAGGACACGGAGGGAGGAGAGCGCAAAGAGACGCCGUUCCUGACGGGAGGAGAGGAAAGUGGAAAAGAAGAGGAGGAGGAGGAGACGGACAAGAGGUCGAGCUUACGAGGGCUUGACUGACACCAGAGAGGCGAGGAGAGGAGGAGGAAGAGGAGGAGGAGCGUGAGGGCAAGUUGAUGGAUUUGAUUUGGCGAGAGUAUUUUUAGCAGAGAGAGGAGACAUGAGAGGAAUGCCGAAAUUAGAGACGCCGUCUCAGAGAGGGGAGAAACUCGGCAGAAAGAGGGAAUAACGAGGAGAUGAAGGAGGGGAGAGAUGUUGAGAUCAGAGUGUGACAGAGCAGAUUAUCUCUGGUCUGGUUCCCGGUGUACGUGCAUGAGUGGCUCCUGGUCCAUGUGAACGCGCGUUGUAGUAUGUUUCUAACUGUGGCUGCGCCGAGGAAGCGAGUCCGCUGCCAGAUGGAGGUUCCCCGUGGACACCAGCAGCACCUGAUAACACCGCUAAAAGGCGAGUGAGACCUGCAGCAGAUCAGUGACGAGGGAAGGAAAAAAAAGUGAGAAGUGGAAACAGACAAGGAGAUGGGAGACUUUUUCAAUCAGAGCUCGCAGUGACUUGAUUGCCACCUCUUGCCUACGAACGUCUCUGCAAGCUGCCGAAACUCAGGAGAAGAGAAACCACAACACUGGAACGAGGCGAGCUCUCGUCCGACAGACUGCAGCACCGAGCGGUUCCCUCCUCUGCUCUGCUGUCUCAUUAUUUUAAUUACCUUCCCUUCUUUCAUUUGUUGUUUUUUCUUUUCUUGUCCUCUCUGCUGAGCCCUUGGUGUUUUGUAUUCUAUCCUCCCUCUCUCCUCCCCUCCUCUGCCUCUCUUGCCUUCCCCCUCUGUCUCGUCCUCCCUUGUUCACUGUCACACUAACUGCCGUGGAUGCUGGAGUCACUCAUGUAGAAGACACCUUGCUUGGAGCACAUUUGUCUAGCUGAUUUUAAAUUUUUUCCCUCUUCUUCCCUUCCCCUGCUGAGAUAAAUGAUUAGAGCACCUGCAGAUUGAGAGGACCAGUGGGAGAUGACCAACAAGUAGCCAGCGCUGCUGAGUUCAUCUGAGCUCCAGCAGGAGACUUCAAACCGUACAGCUCUCCCUGACGCUACUUUUCUUUUAUAGAGUUGCUGCCACUAAGACUGCAUGGGUCCAUAGAGUUGGUAAGGCCAAACACCUAUCCAUGUGUGGAUUACAGUAGUGGAUUUAUCCUGGAGCUACAUGUGGGCCCCAGCCUCUGAGGCCUGGCUGGGAAAUGAUGCCUUUCCCGCAGCUGUAGGGGUGCUGUGGGCAACUAUGGCCCUGGAGGGCCGCUAUCUCCGGAGGGGAUCCCCGGCCAUGAUCAGAAAGGGCCAUCAGCGACGUCGCACAAAGCCAACUCUGGCUCAGGUCACUUCCACUCUGCUGUCAAGGACACGCCUUCAUGGCCUGCGGCACGUUUGCGUCCCCGGCGGCUCGGUCGGCCGCAGGGCCUUCUGGCUGCUGGCCCUCUGCACCUCCCUGGGGUUGCUUUUAUCCUGGUCCUCCAACCGCCUCCUGCACUGGCUUUCCUUCCCCACGUACACAAGGGUUCACGCUGAGUGGGCCAAAGAACUCGCCUUUCCUGCAGUCACUAUCUGCAACAACAACCCCAUCCGCCUCUACAAACUCACCAAGAGCGACCUGUAUUUCGCCGGCCACUGGCUGGGCCUGCUGCUGGCUAACCGGACAGUGAGGCCCAUGGUUUUGGACUUGCUUCAGGAGGACCGCCGGGCCUGGUUCAGGAAGCUCUCCGACUUCAGGCUCUUCCUGCCACCGAGAAACUUUGAGGGAACCAACCUGGAGUUUAUGGACAGACUGAGCCACCAACUGGAUGACAUGCUGCUCUCAUGCAAAUACAGAGGGGAGCCCUGUGGAGCUCACAACUUCUCCUCCGUGUUCACCAGGUACGGGAAGUGCUACAUGUUCAACGCCGCCGAGGAGGGGAAGACGCUGCUCACCACUAUGAAGGGAGGGACGGGGAACGGCCUGGAGAUCAUGCUGGACAUACAGCAAGACGAGUACCUGCCAGUGUGGGGCGACACAGAGGAUACAGCCUUCGAGGCAGGCGUACGGGUGCAGAUCCACAGCCAGGCGGAGCCCCCGUUUGUCCAUGAGCUGGGCUUCGGAGUUGCCCCCGGCUUCCAGACUUUUGUAGCCACACAGGAGCAGAGGCUGACCUACCUGCCUCCCCCGUGGGGAGAGUGCGAGUCCAAAGCUCUGGAGUCGGGCUUCUUUCAGGUCUACAGCGUUACCGCCUGCAGGAUCGACUGUGAAACACGCUACAUCGUGGAGAACUGCAACUGCAGGAUGGUACACAUGCCCGGUGACGCCUCCUACUGCACACCUGAGCAGUACAAAGACUGUGCUGAACCUGCCCUCGCUAAACUUUCUGCAGUGGAGAGCAGUAACUGCAUGUGCCGGACGCCAUGCAACAUGACCCGCUACAACAAAGAGCUGUCCAUGGUCAAAAUCCCCAGCAAGACCUCGGCCCGAUAUCUACAGAAGAAGUUCAACAAGUCGGAGAAGUACAUCACAGACAACAUCUUGGUGCUGGAUGUGUUCUUUGAAGCAUUGAACUACGAGACCAUCGAGCAGAAGAAAGCCUAUGAGGUGGCAGGUUUGCUGGGUGAUAUUGGCGGUCAGAUGGGUUUGUUCAUCGGAGCCAGCAUUCUCACCAUCUUAGAGCUAUUUGACUACGCUUAUGAGGUGGUGAAAGACAGACUACUGGACCUACUGAGCAGAGAGGAGGAGGAGGAGAGUCACGGAGAGGAUGUGAGUUCCUGUGACCCAGUGGCGAACCACUCCGAGUCCAUCAGCCACACCGUGACCGUCCCCCUGCAGACGACACUGGGCACCCUGGAGGAGAUCGCCUGCUGAAGCCCUCCUCCCUUCCCCUCACAGUCAACACACAUCCAGCGGCUGCCUCCCUUCACCGGGUGGCGCUACAUCCUUUGUUAUGGCAUCCGACGGGACCUUAACAGGGGAGGGGAGGAGACGAGGACAGGAACAGGGGUUGGUCUGAGGACAGCGCUGCGCUCUGUCACACCCUCCUGUCUGAGGCACUAAUGGGGAUUAAGGAGCUGUCAGCUGGACUUAUCAGCACUCUCUGUCAGCCUGCACUGUACUGCUAUGGGAGGGCGACCUCUGCUACACCAGACCCGCAGUGGGGUCCAAUUCUCCACAUACAUGCACACACAAAACCAGACAUCGGGUGGGGCAACUACCCAUAAAAAGGGGGACUCAUCCCUGUGCAGCAUAUCUAUGUAACAAACACAUUCAUAUGUCGCUCACUGCCAAAUGAACUGUACAAAAAAAAUUAGUUUCGAACUGUCCAAACUGCAUGCGUCGCUCUAUCUUGCUCUCUUUGCUGAUGCAUACGCUGGACUGCAGUGUUGCUUUACUGUACAUGUGUGCCAUUUGUCUCUCUAUCUGCAGGACAGGCCCCACAAUGAGGGGCCCGGGCGAGAAAUCGAAUGUACAGAUUGAACAUAUGGUUUGUUUAAAAUCAUAGUUCAGGUGUGACCAAUCCAUCUUUGAGCAAUUUAUCAUUUAUUACUUAAUUAUUGUGGGGUAGAACGGGGUCAGAAGGGGGGGGGGGAGGAAUAUUUUGCUCUGUUUACUGAAAACAGAGUGAAAUCUGAACAUUUUGCCGCCCGCGUCUUGCAUAUUUUAUUCACCUGUCAGUUUCAGUUUAAUCACUUUACUAGAAGGAGAGUUUUGCUACAAGACUCCUGCGGUGCUAAGCUCACGUUUGCAGGCAUCUUUAAAGGAAUGUCUAACUGGUAAUUUAUGUGGAUAACAGACUGGCUUCUGGGUGCUGCAGCUCACCAGAGCAGCCCAGCAAAAUGAGAUAGAAACCAAAUUUAUCUGCAGCAAGACAAGUCCAGAACACCUAUGAAUAUAGCCGGGAUGUUGUUAAACUAUUACUUCAUUAAGAAUAUGCCAGGGUGAUAUUUCGGACAGUUAUUAAUUUUUUAUCAAGGAUGCUAAAAGAAAUCCCCAGGCUUGACAAGUGUAAACACUUUUUCAUGAUGAUAAAAAUUACUACAAAAGCACCACAAGCAGAGUUUAGUUGGGAUGUUUGUCUGUUUUUUAAGAUACAUACAGGGUCUGCAGUGUUAUGAUGUAAAUAAUUGUCUUUUUUUUUUCUCACAAAAACGGGUACCACGCAGACAUGCCUGAAGCAGAUCUAAUUUCAAAUAAUUUUUGUACAAACAUCAACUCCAAGUCCAGAAGGAACGACAUUUCUCUCACUUUUUUUUUCUUUUUUACUCAAUCUGCAGUUCUCAGUAGGUGAGUAUGUUAUGUAACCGCCAGUAGCAUAUUUGGGGUAGUCGAAUGUCAUGCUGAAAAUGAAGGACACACUUUGCUAUGAGCACCAGACAUCCUUUUCGGUACAGGUUCAGAAACAACCAUUACAUAUAUACGGCUUUACACCAAAAGCUUUUGUGAGACUGUUUGGAAGAUUUAGUGUAUCAGAGUUUUCUAGUCCAUGAUCCUUCUAGCAUGGUGUCUGUCAUCAUGGUAAUGUACAUUACAGGUAGGAAUGAAUUCAAGUGCUUCGUGAGACUGUCUGAAUUAUAAUUUCCCAUCUGUGGCUCAACCUGCUGUCUCUGUGUACUAUCUCAUGUUGUGGCUUCAGACGAACACAGUCCUCAGCCGACCUGCAGCGGCGUCAGACCGACGUGUCUCGCUUCUCUCUGGUGGCAAACAACACUGGAUGUUUCUUCUCUCUUCUUUGGCUUCAAUUGUUAUCGCAGGACAGCAUUUUCUCAUUUUGUGAUGCAGCAUACAGUGUGUGUUUUUAAUGUGAAACGAUUAAAUGAAAAAGUUUGUUUUUGCA